AUGCAUAUACUCUGGUCUCUCGUUACGUUGCCUGCUGCACUCGCUCCUGCGCAGAACCUGGAUCUGGACAAAAAGACACCCCUCGGAUUUAUGCGCAGAGGUCUUCCUUUUACAAACGUUACUGCACCUGAAUCGAACUUGACCCCAACGACAGUCACUAGCUUUACGCCAACCGGGACCUAUACAGAUCAGUCAACACCAUCCAGCUUCGGGCCACCAACAUCACUCCCACACGACUUCACCAACUCGACGAGCUCUACGACGACGUAUACCAACACCCCGACGGAGUCCUCAACAUGCACUGGCUCUGUAACAUACUAUGGAUCCGUUCCUCCUACAGUCUACGUCACCGUGACCGAAGGUUUCAAUGUCACUGUGACAGCCAGCAAUGCGUCCAUGACAGAAACUCCAACUUUAGUCACUCCCUUACCAGCCUGCCAAGCAACAAUUAUGCCCUUGGCCGGGACUAUCGACCCAGAAUACUCGUUGUCCGCAUCCGCUGAUUCUUUUGGCCCUGCCAAAACCGGUCAACCAGAAGCGGGCACUUUCAACGGUGGGAAUAAUCCCCAAGUUGUGACGGGUGGUGCUCCUACUCCCGCAGUUUCUGAAGGCCCAUCCCCUGAUGCCUUUUCCACAGCUCCAUCCUCUGCAGUAUAUUCCAGUGUGGACUACACCAGUACUGUCAUUGUUACUAAGAAAACACCAGUAACUGUGGUGGCUCCACCGACUACUUCGCCAGAUGUCAAUUUUCAGUCCCCUCCACCAACUCCUACCAGGGGUGAAAGCAACCCCCCAUCAAAUGGCGGCGGGGGUGGAUCUAACAACAAUGAUAACAAUAACCCUCCUUCUGACGGAAGCAACAAUGGGGGGGCGUCUCCUGGACCCGGGGCUCCCAAUAAUCCAUCUCCAAUAGCGACCAAUGCAAAUUUUCCUUCCGUCAGUAACAACCUGGGACCAGGUCUUGGCACGUUGGUGGCAGUACCGCCAACGACCACCGGACUAGGCAAUAUCAUCGCUUCCAUCAUCAACUCGCCUUUUGCGACAGCGUCACCAACUCCGCCGCCUUCAAUUACCACCACAAUCAACAACGUCCCUGUCGUCAUCCUUCCGUCUAACGUCGUGAUUGGAUCUCAGACUGUUGCCAUUCCGACUUCUGCUCCGACCGUCGUCGAAGCCAAUGGAGUCUCCUUUACUGUGCGACCCUCGGAAAUUGUCGCACCAGCCGGUACCAUAACGAUCCCCCCAAUACAGCAGGAUGAGGCGGUGACUUCUCCGGUGCCGAGCUCUACGAUUACCACGGCUGUGGGCCAGCUAACCUUUACUGUUGGUCCGACCGUGGCGAUCAUAUCCGGGACAACAUACAGGAUUGGCCAGGGGGCUCCAGCGACAACGAUCACAGUCGAUGGAACUCAGGUGUCGAUAGGUUCCAAUGGCGUCGGGCUACCCAGUACCACUUUGGGUCCUGGCGGUGUUGCAGGUUCGCCUUUUAUUAUCUACACGGUGGAGGGGUUGACAUUUUCCGUGGACAGUAGUGAGGCCGUCGUCAGCGGCACAACCUAUCGCAUUGGAUCCAAUGCUCCCCAGAUAAUCACAACUAUCGGUGGCGAAAGUGUCUCGUUCGGGCCUGGAGGAGUUGGACUUGAAUCGACUACGAUUAUUCCGACUGCAGCGUCAUCGAAGACUACAAAGAGCAGUUCAAAAUCGACAUCUGCUUUAGCGUCUGCCACACAAUCAGCUAGUCCCUCCAGUGAUGGGUCAUCGAAAGCACCCCGACCGUUUUCCGAAUUGUCCGGCUGGUACCUUAUGGCCAUGCCCUUAGUAUGGUUUGUUCUUUGA